AUGCCUACAGUUUUCUUUCUUUGCUCACAUGUUCAGCCUAAAGUAUUAUUUUGUUGCUCACAUGUUCAGCCUAAAGUAUUAUUUUGUGGCUCACAUGUUCAGCCUAAAGUAUUAUUUUGUUGCUCACAUGUUCAGCCCACAGUUUUCUUUUGUUGCUCACAUGUUCAGACCACAGUUUUCUUUUAUUGCUCACAUGUUCAGCCCAUAGUCUUCCUUCGUUGCUCACAUGUUCAGCCGACAGUUUUCUUUCUUUGCUCACAUGUUCAGCCUAAAGUAUUAUUUUGUUGCUCACAUGUUCAGCCCACAGUUUUCUUUUGUUGCUCACAUGUUCAGACCACAGUUUUCUUUUAUUGCUCACAUGUUCAGCCCAUAGUCUUCCUUCGUUGCUCACAUGUUCAGCCGACAGUUUACUUUCUUUGCUCACAUGUUCAGCCUAAAACCACAGUUUUCUUUUAUUGCUCACAUGUUCAGCCCAUAGUCUUCCUUCGUUGCUCACAUGUUCAGCCGACAGUUUACUUUCUUUGCUCACAUGUUCAGCCUAAAAAGUAUUAUUUUGUUGCUCACAUGUUCAGCCUAAAAACCACACUUUUCUUUUAUUGCUCACAUGUUCAGCCCAUAGUCUUCCUUCGUUGCUCACAUGUUCAGCCGACAGUUUACUUUCUUUGCUCACAUGUUCAGCCUAAAGUAUUAUUUUGUUGCUCACAUGUUCAGCCUAAAGUAUUAUUUUGUUGCUCACAUGUUCAGCCUAAAGUAUUAUUUUGUUGCUCACAUGUUCAGCCCACAGUUUUCUUUUGUUGCUCACAUGUUCAGACCACAGUUUUCUUUUAUUGCUCACAUGUUCAGCCCAUAGUCUUCCUUCGUUGCUCACAUGUUCAGCCGACAGUUUUUCUUUCUUUGCUCAUGUUCAGCCUAAAAGUAUUAUUUUGUUGCUCACAUGUUCAGCCUAAAGUAUUAUUUUAUUUGCUCACAUGUUCAGCCCACAGUUUUCUUUUUUGUUGCUCACAUGUUCAGACCACAGUUUUCUUUUAUUGCUCACAUGUUCAGCCCAUACUCUUCCUUCGUUGCUCACAUGUUCAGCCGACAAUUUUCUUUCUUUGCUCACAUGUUCAGCCUAAACCCAUAGUCUUCCUUCGUUGCUCACAUGUUCAGCCGACAGUUUUUUCUUUCUUUGCUCACAUGUUCAGCCUAAAGUAUUAUUUUGUUGUUCACAUGUUCAGCCUAAAGUAUUAUUUUGUUGCUCACAUGUUCAGCCUAAAAGUAUUAUUUUGUUGCUCACAUGUUCAGCCCACAGUUUUCUUUUUUGUUGCUCACAUGUUCAGACCACAGUUUUUCUUUUAUUGCUCACAUGUUCAGCCCAUAGUCUUCCUUCGUUGCUCACAUGUUCAGCCGACAGUUUUUUCUUUUCUUUGCUCACAUGUUCAGCCUAAAGUAUUAUUUUGUUGCUCACAUGUUCAGCCUAAAGUAUUAUUUUGUUGCUCACAUGUUCAGCCUAAAGUAUUAUUUUGUGGCUCACAUGUUCAGCCUAAAAGUAUUAUUUUGUUGCUCACAUAUUUCAGCCCACAGUUUUUUUUUGUUGCUCACAUGUUCAGACCACAGUUUUCAGUUUUUUUAUUGCUCACAUGUUCAGCCCAUAGUCUUCCUUCGUUGCUCACAUGUUCAGCCGACAGUUUUCUUUCUUUGCUCACAUGUUCAGCCUAA